AUGGAUGCCCUUUUGGAGGGCCUGAACGAAGCGCAAAAAGAUGCAGUCACGAGCCCUGCUGGUGUGCUCCAAGUGCUGGCGCCACCUGGAUCGGGCAAAACGAAGACGCUGACGGCGCGCGUCGCGUAUCAUGUUAUCCACGAACGUUUACAGCCAUGGAACAUCAUUGUCUGCACCUUCACAAUCAAGGCGGCUCGGGAGAUGAAGGAGAGAAUCAAGGGUUUUGUUGGCGAAAAACUUGAAGCAAAACUCAUUCUGGGCACUUUCCAUUCAGUUGCGCGUCGAUUCCUGUCUCGGUACGGCCAGGAAAUUGGCAUCGACAAGAACUUCGGUAUUACAGACACUGAUGACAGCAAGGCGAUCAUCAAGCGCAUCGUGAAUCGCUACCAGUACAUGGUCGAACCAGGGCACGCUCGGUCCAGGAUUUCAAGCUUGAAAGCGAAGGGCGUCUCGGCUGAGGACUUCGCUGCGACCAAGAAGAAGGCUGAGGAUAGCGAAUUCUCCCAAAUAUACUCUUCCUAUCAGGAACACCUCAAAGCUUCGAAUCUACUGGAUUACGAUGAUCUUCUCAUCCGCUGUGUAGACUUACUACGACAACAUCCAUCAUGUGUUUCUACCAUUCAAGCCGUGCUCAUCGACGAAUACCAAGACACAAAUAACAUUCAGUACGAGCUGAUGAAGCUUCUGGCACAGAAGAUGCAACGGAUCACCAUUGUAGGAGACCCGGAUCAGAGCAUCUAUAGCUUCCGUGCUGCCGAGAUCAAGAAUCUGCUUCGAAUGCGCGUAGACUACCCUGAAGCUAUUGUCAUUAAUCUCGAAAAUAACUACCGGUCUGCUGGUUCGAUUCUCAGCGCUGCGCUCGCUGUCAUCGAGCAGGAUGACAGCCGACCAGAGAAGGCACUUAUUGCCACUCACUGUGUUGGCGAACAGCCGACGCUUCGCCAUCUUGCUACUGCGAACGUUGAAGCGCAGUGGGUCGUUGACGAGAUCAAGCGAACGCAAAUUCUCAGCGCUGGAUUGCUUACUUACAACGACUACGCAAUUCUACUCCGCUCGGCAGCGCUCUCUCUGUCGAUCGAGCGCGAACUCGGACGAGCUGGCAUCCCUUACAAGAUGGUGGGAGGCAAGCGCUUCUUCGACAGAGCCGAGAUCAAGAUAAUUCUAAGUUAUCUGCGAGUCAUUAACAACCCCGACAACAAUGAUGCGAUUGUUAAUGUCAUCAACAUGCCCUCCCGCAAGAUAGGAGACCGAACAAUCAAAGCUCUGCUGGAAGAAGCAGAAGUUCGAAAGGUGCCUUUAUGGGCUCUGGUACAGGAUAUUGCACAGAGCAGAAAGAACCCCGUUACCCAAUUAUCAGCACCAGCGAAACAGGGUAUUACACUGUUUUUCAGGCUCAUCUACACAGCGCGCGAGAAGCUUGAGCCUUCUCAAGGCGAGCCGUGGAGCCUUCUCGAUCUUAUCACGCAUGUCUUCAAUCAAACGGCGUUCGAGGCGUAUCUAAAACAGACGUACAAGGAAAACUGGAAAGACCGACUGGCCAACGUUGACGAACUAAUCGCACAAGCAACACAAAUGGCGACUGCAAUCACAAACGGUGAAACAGGCGUCGAUGACGCCUUGCCUGAAGUGGAAGGCAUCGCCCAGCGUCCAGACAGCCCGGCUGAUGUUCUCUCCAAGUUCCUAGUCAACGUUGCGCUUGCGACCGAGGUAGAGAGGGAGAACGGCGAGGAAGUAUGUCAGGUCACAAUUUCGACAAUCCACGCAGCUAAAGGCCUCGAAUGGCCCAUCGUCUUCAUACCUGCAGUCUACAAUGGAUCCCUCCCGCAUUCCAGAGCGGACGAUCACGAUGAGGAGCGAAGGUUGCUAUACGUUGGCAUGACGCGUGCAAAGGCGCUAUUGUAUCUCAGUUGCCCAAUGCGAUCGUCUGGCCAGGAAGAAACCAAGCUGUCGAGAUUCGUGGAUGAUAGUAGUCUCGAGAAGUUCUUUAGUCCGCGUGGCCCAGAUCUUGCAUUCAAACGAAGCACUAUACCUGACAUCGCACGCAUCCUUGGCAGACGCUGUCCUGAGUCCCCUCAGCUUGCUGUUGCUCGUACACUACUGGAGCGCCUAGAAGACGACAAAUACCCUGCAACAAGAAAUGAGAUAGAUGGCGUACCAGCAUCAUACGGCACAGAAUACAUAGGGUGGAACCAUGACAGGCAAGAUGCCAACAACAAACGAAGAAAAGUUGAGGCUCUUGACAAAUUACGUUCAACACGCGUUCUAGGCGCACGUGUCGGUGUUCAGGACCACAACCUCAUAGCGACGACGAGCUUUCAGUCUACCAACGGCUUCCUAAGCGCCAAGGACCUACAAAACGUACAGCAAGAACUACAACGACUUGACCAGGAUGAUGGAAACAGCAAGCCGACCUAUAACGAGGUCAGAAGACUGGGCGAGAAUCCGACACAAGGCAGAAGACCUAAACCUCGAGCAGCAGGCCAGGGUGCUAUUACAAGCUUUUUCAAGGGUGCAGGUAGGACAGUCUCUGAAACACCGGAGCCAGCACCACUUUUUGAAGAGCGUUCGCUCAAGCGAUCGCAAUCAUCACUGUCAGGCCUCGCACCGCUCAAUGACGUCUCCAACGCUCAGCAACCAGCUUCACGGUCACGGCCAUUCCAGCCGCUGUCGGUACCCAAACGAACGCUGCACAACCGGCCAAUGGUCGGCAAGCCCAGAAGAGCAGAUGAAGAGUCUGAUGCAGAGAGUGCACGACAUGCACUCUGCUCAAGCUCGCCCUCCAAGCCAGACAGCAAAGAGAUAAUCACUCUCUCGGACGACGAUAGUGAUGUACAAGAGAUUGACAAGUCGGUAAAGGCUGGAACUAUGUCUACGGGUGGGUUCAGGCCAGCUUCGACCUUCCACACGACAUCGAUGAGCGUGGUGCAGAACCAGCAAGCUCAGCGUAGAACCCUGGGCGCAAGAAGGACCAUGCAGGGCUGGAGUGUGAAGCAUACGAGCAUGCCGAAGCCGCGACAGCAGUGA